GUUCAAUAACGAGAGUAAAAUAUUUAAAAUAACUUACAAACUUCUGGUAUGGUAUUAUGAUUACCACCGAGACCGCAGAAUCCUUGCAUUACGCUGAUGCUGGUACGAGUGAAAUGCAUUUGAUGUUGUUGAAAAUUUCUCGAUGUCCUUUUAUUGUUCAACCUAGCAACGUCAUUAGGAACGUUAAAUCUAGAAAUACCAGAAACAUCCGCCGGAACUUGGCCGUGUGGAGUAACGAAAUUAGUAUCAACGAAACAAUUAUCACGAGCUUGUUGUUGCCUACGUAGAGCUACUUGUGCUGCCAUUACCCUUUGCCUUUCAACAACGAGUAAGCAACAAGGACAACGGCAGUCCUUCCAAGCACAUGAUCUCUUAUGACCCUUCAAUCCAGAAAUCACACCAUGAUUUCGACACCUCGCACAUUUUGGACUUCUCAAACGUUGCUCUAAUCCAGAGUUUAAUUGAUUCGGUGCACUAUUUUCUAUCUUCAUUAUGACGAAUUCUUCUUUUUCUUUUUUUUUUCCCCCUUUCUGGUAAUUAAUAAUUCUUUAUAAUAUGUUUGCGUAAGAUUUCUGAUAUGAAUGAUUAGAUUUAGAAAUAUUGUAAGAAACUCCAAACACUAUCUUUAUACAUAUUUUAAUAUGGAAAAUUAAUAUCGAUAAAUGAAAAAAGGCUUAGCAAUCUUUUUAAUAUUCUUUUGAUAAAUCACUUUUUUCAUAGAUAUUUUCACAUUCCUUUUGAUAUAUCUUUAUCAACGUUUCUUAUUAUAACGUACAUCUUUAUAAUAGGAUCCGUUAAACUUGCUACGCACUUGCGAUAUGCGAUAAGUUGUAUACUUCGAAGGAUCUUUCUGAUCGUUUAGAGAAGGAGGUGCUCCUUCAUCUCCUCCUACUAAUUCAAAAUGUAUUUUUAGAGAUUUGAGAUCUUCGGAUUGGUCCGAAACUUGAUGAAACUCCGCCAGUUUCGUAGCCUACAGACCAAUGAGCCAAAGAGAUCUCUCUUGUUUUCUUCCUCUUAUUAUUUUCUUCUACUUCUCUGCCUCUUGUUACCGAUAUGUUGUAGCAGCAUUCUCUAACUUAAAGAGAGGAAGAAGAGAGAACUUGAUAGCUUUCCCGAUAGUAUAAACAUAUCUAUCUCUCUGUCGAAGAGAGAAACUAAAAACAUACAAUACAUACAUGCAUGCGUGCAUACAUCUAUCUAUUUAAGCUCAGAGUCACGAUUCUGUAACACAAGUUUCGCUUAAACCUUUUGGUAUAUACAAUUAAUCGUAAUUUAUUUGACAAAAAUGGGACAUGUAUCACAUCAUACAUGUACGAUAUGUAUAAAUUUGGCAUAUAUAAACAUCUAAUAUAUAAUUAUAAUAAUCCUAACUCUUUUAAAUUAUAUUAUUAAUUUAUAAAGCAAUCGUUGUAAUAGAAACCGUUCAAGGAUUGUAAUAUUACGUAAAUGAUACUCAAAAUGUGGAAAGGAAGGAAGGAAGGAAGGAAGGAAGGAAGAAAGAAAGAAAGAAAAAGAAAAAAACAAAGAAAAGAAAAAGAAUAAGGAGUAAGAUGAUGAGUAGAGAAAAUCUUAGAGGAAGUUCACGGUGUGCCACUCAUGCGUUAUGAAAACAUACUCGAAACUAAUAUUAACUGUGUGUUGGCAACAUACGAGAGAGGAUCGUAUUAACGAGCUCUUAGAACGAGAUCACAGAACGAAUGCCAUGUGUUUGCAGCUGGAAGUAUGAUUUCUCAUGACUUACUUAAAGAAAAUAUCAUCAACAUUUUUAAGAAUUUGAUAAUCUUAAAAUCCUAAGAAAAAAAAAAGAAAACCAAAGAAAAUUGAAAAUUAACUUUGCAAUGCCACAUUGCACAACAAAUUUCGCUUGGUAUCUCGGAAAAUUUCUCAUUGGAUUUACAGGAAUGCUAAUUUUAUAUAUGAGCUUUUUGAAAGACAAGUAAAAUAAAUACAUAUGACGAGUUAACAAUGGCAUUAAGUUUACGCGAUAUUAAAAAUCUAUAUACUUGUUUAUCAGAGAAUCCACUUAUCCGUAUAAACCAGGAAUGAAAGUACCAUUAGCAGGAAAAAAAAGUCAAAAGUGAGUCACGCUAGUCAUACGCACGAGCAUACAUACGUUCUUCUGCAAUUCCAUUAUUUUUAUCAAAUUUAUGAGUUAUGUAAAAAUUAAAUAUGAAAGAGUAAUCCGUGUCGUAUGACUAGCUUGGUAGUAUGUGUGCGUUUAUCAUGAUUACAAUUUAAACGAAAUUAAUAAUACUCAGUAAUAAUACAUGCUCCACAGGCGAUCAGAUAGAUGUGAAUGCAACGAAGCAAUGCAAGCAGAAAAGUAUGGCUGCACAUGUAAGAAGUCUAUGUUAGUAACUCACGUUUUUAUCAUGUGUUUACGCUAAAACAGUAUAUUCAUUAUAACUUCUCUUUUUCUUUUUUCUUUUUUUUUUUUUCUUUUCUUCCUUCCUUCCAUUAGGGUACGAAAAUAGGGGGAAAUGUUGUUGGAAAGAAAGAUGUUAUCCGAGGACGAUCGCAACGAAAUGUCUCGUUAAGAACAACAAUGGUAUUUUCCUGUUAAUAUGAGGACACGUCGAUCUUUCUAUUCUAAAAAACAAGCAAAGUUUCUAGAUUUGACUAUACGUAAUGAAAAAAUAUAUUCCUGUAAGUGUCAUUGGUACAAGUCCAUUAAUGGUACUUGUAUUAGACACAAAUCAAAUAAAAUCAAAGGACAAAGGUGUAUACGAGUUUCGGAGGAUGUCGUGGCCGAUCUCUGGAAAAUACAAAGGGUAUGCGACAUGAUAAGAUCACAGGGUAACAUUGCAGGAGAACGACGAUUUCAAGAUGAGUCUGUGAAUAUUGAAAAAUUGAUACAAGAGGAAACGACUUCGAGUUCAUACGUCGAUGCUAAAAAUUGUUUCGUUCAAGAUGCUUACACUCAAUCUGUGUGUGAAAACGUAGAAAAAGAAAUCUAUGAUUUUCGAAAGAACAACGAUGAGAAUGAAUCGUUUAAUUGCAAAAAUAAAAUCGAUUUUAAGAAGAAAAUAAUUUCUAAUGAAAACUCAAUGGAUCUAUCAUUUAAAUUUAACAAAAAAGAAAUAGAAGAAAUAGAAGAUAAAUAUGAAAGGAUAUCUUUAAAUUGUGAUUACGAAUGUAAGGAAAGUAUUAACAUUGAGACUUCAACCUGUUUGAAAGAAGAAAAUAAAACAAGUACUAUAGGUACAUGUACCGUUUCCAAAAAUGAUACUGAUCUACCGUACGUCCCCGAACUUGAAUUAAAAGAGACAUGUGAUUGUAAACCAGAGUGCAAUUGCGAGUAUGAAUUUUCGGAAGAACCUUUUGGAGACCAUGAUAUCGAAGAAAAGAAUAAAUAUGAAAUUUGGAAGAAAUAUGAUCGAGAAACGAUACCAAACAGAUCUAAACAAAAUCGAAUGUUGAAUACUAGGAAUCAAACUCAUUGGAAUUCGGAUAUUACUAAUCCUUCUUAUUGUGAAUAUAAUCGAAAUGUUUAUGAAGAGGUAAAAUCGAGUACAAGUGCAGAAUCUCUGAUUUAUCCAGGAACAAAAAUGAAGGUAACACGUACCAGUAGCCAUGACCGAGACUAUUUAUUAUUCUUAAAACGUUUAGAAAGGAUCAAAAAGGAUCCUCGACAAAGGAAGGAUAAUUUUACCUUUCCACUAGUCCGUAGAAUUAAUAUUAAGGAAGAUCGUAGAGAUCGAUGUGAUUAUAGCGAUCGAUUCUUGUGCUGUUGUAAACGUCUUAAUUGUGAUAUAAAACGAAAAAUGAUUAUUGAAGAUAAAUUCGUGGAGACCGAAACGAGUCAAUCCAGAACGUCAUCCUCUUCAACGAGUAUUACGUCUAACGAUUACGAUAAAUCCUCUCGAUCAUUUCUACACAAUAACAAUUGUAAAUGUCGAUAUUGUUGUACCUGUACAUCUAAUGAUUUACAAUCGGAAAUAGAAUACAAAGGCAUUGAAAGAGAAUCAUCGAAAAUCCAUUAUCCAUUAAAUCCAUUAUCAUCAAACAUAACAUAUAAUGAUGAUAAUAAUAAUUAUUAUUAUUAUUAUAAUAAUAGUAAUAAAAAUUCAAUUCGUCAUUUUAAUGUUAUGAGAUUAUAUUGCCAAAAGACAUUGCCUCUAAUGUAUAGAAGAUUGAAAAAUCGUAAAAAGUGGAUCAAUGAUCGUACGUUAUGUGAAUGAUCAUAUAUUGUGAUUAAUAAAUAAGUCAAAGGAUUUUUUUUUUUGCUCGGUAAAUAUAUUAUGCGAAUUGGAGAAGGAAAGAAUAAAGGAAUAUGAGAAAAACACAUCGUAUAUAAUGAAAGAAAAGGGAAAAAGGGAAAAGAGAAUAAAAAGAAAAAACUAAGCCAAUAGAAAAUAAGAGAAGAAAAAGAAAAUAAGUUAAAUGCUAAAUGCUAAAUGCUUUUUCAAUUACGUAGUAUUACUUUUUGAUAAUAGAUAAUAAAUCAAAGUCAAAUGUAUAAUCAUUUCUUCUCUUCACCGAUGCAAAUGACAUUAUAAAAAUGUAAUUAAUUGUCCCGAUUAAAUAAAGAACGAAUUGUCGAUCGAGAACGCAUCGAUCGCCGAAAGUUAAUAAUACAGAGGAGAAUGAAUCGAACUAACGACUCGUGUGUUAGUUGCUAGAUCCUAUGAAUAAAUUGGACAUGCUUUAAAGAGAUACGAGUGGUCUGGUGUGUGCCCGGAAAAUGUGAAACUCAAUUAAUAUGCGUCCCGUGUCUCUAGGUGAAGUGUCUAUAAGUAGAUCGGUUGCGGACACAACGUCAGUCAUAACCAUACAUUAUUUUCUGCUGUAGUGCGGAGAUAGCCUUCUUUCUGCUAACGAGAUGCUCUGACAAUUUCGUUAGCAAUAUAUUUAAUACGCACACACACACACAUACACACACACACAGACAGACAUUUAUGAACACGUUCUUCUAUCUUCGUAUAUAGAUUUCAGAUUGAUUUUUCAAGAUGCUCUUAUUAUAAAACAACAUAUAUAAUUUAAAUAACAUUAAUUUAUUUAAUACUCAUUCUAAUUCUAAUUCUAAUAUAAAAUCUUUCCUUUCUUUAUUUUUUUUUUUUUGUUUU